CGUGCCACCGGCACUCCAAGCCCCAGCCCGGCUCUGGUUUCGCGAGGAUCUGCUCCAGAAUCCGCCCCCAGAAGCGGGAGCGAUCUGGAGCCAUGUGGCAGGUCAGUGCCCGCUCCCUGUGCCGGGCCAGCUGCCGCGCCUGGCAGAGGCGGCUGCUCUGGCCCGGCCCCGUGUGGAGCCCCGGGACAGCGCCCGCCCAGGGACUCUCCUCCAUGGCCCCCUCCAUCCGCCUGUCGCCCGCCGGCCGCAGCCUCUUCGAUGAGCCGCUGGCCAUCGCCGUGCAGGGCCUCGGCCCGCGGCAGCAGGUCACUCUGCGGACGUCCUUGCGGGACGAGACCGGAGAGCUCUUCCAGGCCAGCGCCCACUACCAGGCGGGCGACGACGGGGAGCUGGACCUCGCCCGCUCUCCUGCGCUGCCGGGAGGCAGCUUCUCCGGCCUGGAGCCCAUGGGGCUGCUCUGGGCUUUGCAGCCCCAGAAGCCUUUCUGGCGGCUGGUGAAGCGGGACGUGCAGAGCCCCUUCCUCCUGCAGCUGGAGGUGUUUGAGGGCCACGGGGAGCGCCCCGGGCGGCUCCUGGCCCAGGCGCAGCACGAGCGGGCGUUCCUGCGGGACGGGGUGCGGAGAGUCCCAGUGCGAGAAGGGAGAAUCCGGGCUACGCUUUUCCUGCCCCCCGGAAGUGGCCCCUUUCCAGGAAUUAUUGACUUGUAUGGAGCUGGAGGAGGACUCCCUGAAUACAGGGCAUGCUUGCUGGCCAACCAUGGCUUUGCUGUGCUGGCUCUGGCUUUCUACAGCUAUGAAGAUCUCCCCAAAGCGAUGAAGGAAUUCCACCUGGAAUAUUUUGAAGAAGCUGUAAACUAUAUGUUACACCACACCCAGGUUAAAGGUCCAGGAAUUGGUUUGCUUGGACACUCGAAGGGGGGUGACCUGUGCGUCUCCAUGGCCUCCUUCCUAAAGGGCAUCACAGCCACUGCCCUUAUCAAUGGCUCAGUGGCAAAUGUGGGUGCGGUGCUCCGCUACAAGGACAUCACCAUUCCACCCCUUGGUAUCAAUCCAAAACGCAUCAAGGUCGGAAAGUCUGGCAUUGCUGAUAUUAUUGAUGUAUUGAACAGCCCGCUAGAAGGGCCUGACCAGCAAAGCUUUAUCCCUUUGGAGAAGGCUGAGUGUUGCUUCUUGUUCAUUGUUGGACAGGAUGAUCACAACUGGAAAAGUGAAUUCUUUGCAGUUGAGGGGAGCAAGCGUUUGCAAGCUCAUGGGAAGGAAAAGCCUGAGAUAGUCUGUUAUCCUGGAGCAGGACACUACAUUGAACCUCCCUUUUUCCCAAUGUGUGCAGCCUCAAUGCACCUGCUAUUUGGCAAGCCUGUGAUGUGGGGAGGAGAGCCCAAGGCACACUGUGAGGCACAGAUAGAUGCUUGGCAGCAAAUCCAAGCUUUCUUUCAUAAACACCUCACAGGCAAGCCAUCUGGAACAUGCAGUAAGCUCUGAUAUGAAUUAGGUUACUUUACACAUGAAGAUGCUGGUUUUGUUAAAUGUUUUGUUAAAUUGUUUUGUUAAAUGGCUCAGAAUAAGAACAAGGAACAUCAGAGAAUAAGCUAUUAGGUUUCUUGGAGGAUGAUGGUUGGUGAAAGCAAGAAACCAGCUUCCUUUUUACACCUUCCUCUAAUCUUGGUUAGAGGCCUUGGCCUCCUGUUUUAUGUAGUACAGGGUUAUAAGCUGUGGAAAACAAAUGGUGGUAAGGCUGUGUGCUUUGAGUGUGAAUUGAAGUGGUAGGUUCUCAUCCAAGCUGAGAACCGGGAUGAAAACAUGCCUUGGCCUUCUCAGAGGAGAUGUAUGCCCAGCUUUGUGUUCUAGUUCCAGUAUUCCAGUUUUUCUGGAGGCAGUAAUCUGCCUUCAGUAAUCUUUCUGUUCUCCCUGUGUACUUCUCCCUCCUUUGUUGUUCCUUGCCCUUCUCUCAAACCACUAAAAUGCAUCUGCCUUAAAAAUAUCUAAUAUUUCACUUAUCAAAAGCAGUACUACUGUGCCAGCACCCUCAGGUAACACUUCACAUUUAUAGGCAACAAACCAGCCCAUAGCUUGAUGUGAUGUUUUGAGAGCAUGCAGUAGAAAUGAGACUUUAAACAGUCUGUGAAAGUUCGUAAGCAUGAAGAAACAACAGAACAGGUCCUGUUAGUUGUCAUUCUGGAGUCGCUCCCGGGCGUCUCGUCAGCACGGCUGGGUAUCGCUGUGGAGAUCUGCAGCACUGUCGGAGCUCCUUGCCUGUACAUUCCCCAAAUACCGUCUCAGCUGCCUGCUCCUAAGGGCUGCUGAGAACAGCCCGGCGGCGGCUCCGUGAGGCGGCCUGGAAGGGGCCUGAGGCGGCCUCUGCUGUUGCCUGUGCGUCAGGCCCGUUUGUGCGUUUUGUAUCCACCGUACUUGUAAUGGAUUAAAGUGAAACUUUAACCGCU